AUGGGCUACGAGGAUGUCACAGGAUCUUGCUCCUCGCGGUCCCGCCGUAGGAAGCAGCCCCCUCCCGUCCUCAACCUGUCGCGUACAGCUAGCUCCCCAAGCGCAUCCCGUCGCAAGCAAUCCAGCCCUGGAACCCGCCCUCCCCUGGACCCUUCCAUGAUCUCCCCUCCAUCCCUGAUUAACCCCGUCACAAUGGAACCCCACAUGACUCACUUUGACCACCCUCUCUUCAUCCCCGCCAAUGACUGCCCGAGUCCUGUUCCUAGCCCCGUGGCUAGCUCCCCACCAAUCUCCCGCCAGUGGACCGCAACCUCCAUGGAGCGGCCUUCUAUCUCUACUAUCGAUGCGUUCUGCGAGCAGUCUGUUUGGGAGUCUGACUCCGACUCCGAGUCUGCUGGACGCAAAUCUAUGUCUCGCCGGCCCAUCGACACAUUGCGCAAGGUUCGCAGCCGCGCUAAGCUUCGUGCGGCCAAGUCACAGCCCAGACUUCACCAAACUAUGCUUGAUAGCCAGGCUGUUGAGCAGUUCCCAUGUAUGCCAGAGGAUAUCCUCGGAGAGCCUAUUCCCGAAGCUUUCCGUCCUAGCAUGGACCGCCCCAGCACUAGCAAGGACGCUGUCCGGUCUACCAACGCUCUACAGACAUUGCGCCUUGUUGCUCCUUCCUCUACUUCUCUCACUCGCCCUCCUCGCUCUCGCAAGAACAGCAGUAUCAACAGCUCAGACGUUGAUCGCUCCGCAGCUGCUGCGUUCCAAGCUCAAUUCCGACGUCGCCAGCGCUCGGAAUCCCCCGAUUACCCCACAUCCAAUUCUUCUAGUUCCGACAAGGGUGAAAAGGAGAAGUUGACCGCAUUCUGCUACGACCAGUACUCCCAAGCGCCGAUUACUGGAGUUCGUGAGCAACUACCCCUCUUCGAGCGUUUCAUGAACUCCUUACGUUCAUUAAACUGCCAGAAACCACCAAAGUCUCACAAGAAGACCAAUGUUACAACCAUCUGA